AAGUAUGAGAUUGACCAGAGGACCGUGUUGCUCUAAGGAGAUUAACAUAAAAAUAUUGGUUAAGUUUACGGGCUUACACAAAAAGAUUGCAUUGCCUUACAUUACAAAUGUCAUAACAUAACCCAAAUCUGCCAAAGCAUCAACUCAAUUCGACAAUUUUUACAAAAUUUCCAACAAACUCUGUCGCCAUGUCCAACAAAACUUGCAUGGUAGGUUCUUGUGCUAUCGAAGGCCUGAAGGCACUGACUGAUAAGCUGAAUGCCAAGGUCGUGGAGAAGAUCAACGAUACCCAGGAACUGGUGAUGGUGAAUGACUUCGCCAGGGAAACCAAUGAGACCCUCAUAAAUAAAAGCUUGAAGGAUAGAAUAGCAGACAUCGCUUCAUGGCGCUGGGUCUUCAGUGACCUGUCCCAACGUCUAGACGAGUCAGUUAAAGCUCUCAAACACGAGCAAAAGGCUAUCAAAGUGGUAGUCCAGAGAAUCGACGACGAGAUAGAACAACAUGCUAAGAUCAAACCAGGCUGUUUAGGCCCCGGCAUGGAUUCUGUUGAGAAGGCCGUUAUGAAGGAAUUCACCUUCCUUUGCGACCAAAAGGCGUCGUUCGAGAAAAUGAUUACUGUAAUAGAUAAACAGGUUGCAAAUACGGAGAAUAUAAAAAACCGUGUCAACCAUGACAUAGCGAAGAAGGACGAGACCCUGGCCAGGGAGGAGUCUUGCGCCAACAUCACCAAGUCCAGUCUCACAGGAAUAUGUGGAAAGAAGAAGAAGAAAAAAGGCUCAUCACUAACUCUUUGGGAAAAUAAAUGUAUGAACUUGAAACGAAACGGCCUCAGAGCUCUGUGCAAAGCAGUUAUGAUUAGACAACAGGUAAGAGGAGCGAGAGUUCAGCUGACAAUAGCUGCGCAGGCGUAUGCCAACAAGGUGGAGUCAGCACUCAGAAGACGACUGCACACCAACCACUUCAAACUGCAAGAGAUUGAAUGGCAAAGACAAGAGUCCUUGCGUGACCUUCAAUGCUUAGAGGAAGAAACCCUGAACACUGAACAGAGUUUAUUAGCCAAUAUGGAACAAGAACGGGUGGUGGAAGCUAAGUUAGCUGAUAGAAGCUUCCGGCCCCCAGGGGAACUUACCAGAGACGAGGUUGAUAACCGGCUGAGGGGAGAACUGGCAAGGGUCCGACACUUCGUCAGAGAUCUGAGGUCCAAUCUCAGUGAGAUCAAAACUUUGAAGGACCAUUUGCAAAUUACAAUGGCGAAAAUGGAUUGUGUUGCUGCCGAUAUACAACAAGUUGUUCAACUGGACGAAAAGAGGAUGGUCGCCAGGUCUGUUCGAGGUUUGGAGACGUAUCAAGCGUGUGCAGUCCGUCGUGCAGGAGUCAAUCUACAUCAGAAGACAAGAGAACUAAGAAAGCCAACAUGGAUUCAGCACUCCACACUAUCAAGGAGGAAAAUGAAAAUGAAAGUGAAGACGACGAUUAUCCAUUUCCCUGAUAAAUUAUUGAUUUUUUAUUUUCCAUCAUUUUUCACCAUACUUUCUCUAUCUCUUUUACCUCUGUAAAAAUUUUACUUGUUAGGUUUGUCCGAAAUUUACCAUACCUGCUCUAAACACUUUUUUCAUGUCUCAAAAUAUUUCCGUCUCUCUGACGUGUCAAAUGAGUAAAUGAGUCGAAACUAAAACUUCUUGAGAUAAACGACCAGAAGUUUGUUUCGUCUUAACAUCAAAAAGUUUUGCGACAUCAUCCUCUUAAUUGUGGGUAGGGUCGUAACCCCUAAUAAGGUACCCAUCAACACUUACCUACCUUAAUACCCUUUGUUUGAGUGCCUGCGUUUAUAAUAAUAAUAAUUUCUUUAGGACUAUUUAUACAGGGUGUUAGUAAUAUCGUAACGAACACUCAGGGGGAUGAUUUAGACCAUGAUUCUGAGUUAAUAUCAAGUGGAAUUUUUCGUCGCAAAAUUCAUGAUUUUUUUUAGUUUUUUUUUAAAUUAUUUUCAAUUCUAUAAUUUUGCGAUGAAACAUUCCACUUGAUAUUAACUCAGAAUAAUCAGCUGAAUCAUCCCCCUCAGUAUUCGUUACGAUGUCACACCCCACACAAGUACAUACGGUAGCCAUACAAGUAGGUAUGGGUGUUAGUGACACCGUAACGAAUACUGAGGGGGAUGGUUCAGACCAUGAUUCUGAGUUGAUAUCAAGUGGAAUUUUCAGUCUGAAUAUUCCUGAAAUUUUUUGUGUUUUUUUUAAUUAUUUUCAAUUCCAUACUUUUGCGACGGAAAAUUCCACUUCAUAUCAUCUCAGAAUCAUAUCCUCAAUCACCCCUCAAAGUUUUCGUUACGAUGUCACUAACACCCUGUAUUUGGUAACAAACAGUGAGUGUUGUAAACGAGCUAUGAUUGGUUGAUCGUAUUUUGGAAAUAGUUCCUGUUUAAGUAUUGUACUUAUUAUAAAUGUCAAAGCUGGUAUCCGAUUCCAAUGUUCGUUUCCAAAUAUAAAGUUUAUGGAGACAGAUAUAAAUAAUUAUUAUUAUUACACGUUGGUAUUUUGUUUUACAAUCCCAAAUUCCAUAUUUUGUUUUAGCGUCGCAAUCUAAAUAAAUAGCUUAUUGUGCUCCUCUUUAGGUAUGGUACUCAAGAAUGCAUUAGUUAUUAUAACAACAAAUAACUAACAGUAUUGUUUUGAAAAAAUAUUUAAAGGUUAUUAUGGGACCUUUGCAUUUUUCCCUUAGAUUUUUACUUUGUUUUAAGAAUAUAGUUUACAAUUUUAUAAUUAUUAUUAGAAAUCAAAGAUAGAAAUGUAUUUUGAAAUUUAUUUAGGAAACAAAACUAAUAAUUAUUUAACAAUAUUACAAACCAUGUGCCUAGCUAUAACUUACGAUUGGGUUGCAAAUUAUACAUGUAUGUGAUUGUGGUAGGUGUAUGUCAUAUCAUAUCAAAUAUUGAAUUUAUAUCUGUGAUAUUAGAUAUGUUGAAAUUUCAAUUUAUAAGCAAUGUAGUAGGUACAUAGUAUUGGAAUUCAAAUCUGCUGUAAGUCAGGUAUAGCUUUAAAAAUAUUACAUAUACAUGUAACAAUGCAAUGUAAUUUAUUAUUAUUAUAUGACAUUUAGCAUGUAACUUUAACAAUAAAAUACCAAAAUUUUGUAUUA